CCAAUUCCAUCUCUCUGUGGCCCGUUGACUUUCAGAGAUUCACUUAAUCAUGUUAAAAAUUAAGAUGGUGAGAAACUGUUCCACACUGCUCUCUCCCUCCGCUGGUAUCAAUCCACAGCAGCGCGUAAACAAGCGCGUGAGUCCCCCGCCCCUUCUCUGCGCGAGCUGCUGCCAGUUCCGUGUCGGCCGCGAGUUUACUAGCCACGUACUGCCUGCACGCGCUCAAUCCGCCGUCGGGCUGCAACGAUCUGACUCUCUCUGGCUUUUGGAAACCCCUUUUUCCAGUCUCCAUUAACGGCCCAGCACAAAACGAGGCGAGGCGAUUAGUAACGGGUGACUCUAUCAACAAUAAUGUCUUCAGAUCGGAGUUACAGCUGCCUCAAAACCGAGGCGAUGACAAAAUCACAUUGGCAACCCUGUGCUGGUGCACAUGAAGAGCUGUGACUCUAGCUUGCGAUCUCCUGACCUCUGUGACCUUUGAGUCAAGAUGGCGACCCACCGAAAGCACCUGGUCCGAGAAUUCAACCGAUACAUCACCUGCUCAAUUUGCCGUGGGUACCUGAUAAAGCCCACUGCUGUCACAGAAUGCCUGCACACUUUUUGUAAGAGUUGUAUCGUUCAGCACUUUGAGGAGAGUAAUGAGUGUCCGGAAUGUGGGAUACAAGUCCAUGAAACCAACCCUUUAGAGAUGCUGAGGCUAGAUAAGACCCUGGAGGAGAUCAUCUUCAAGUUGGUGCCUGGACUAAGAGAGAAGGAGGAACAACAGGAAAGUGAUUUCUGGAGAAAAAAUAAGAUCAAAUCAAAUGGAGAAGAUGGCCCUAGGGCUAAGAAAGCUCGCCUGAGUGAUGAAGAGGACGAUGAUGGGAAAGGUGGAGACUAUCACAGGAGUGAUCCUCAGAUCGCUAUUUGUCUGGACUGUCUACGAAACAAUGGCCAAUCAGGAGAAAGCAUAGUUAAGGGUUUAAUGAAGAAAUUCAUCCGUUGCUCCACCCGUGUUACGGUGGGAACCAUUAAGAAGUUCCUUUGUGUAAAACUGAAGCUGCCAAGCUCUUAUGAGCUCGAUGUUUUGUGUAAUGGAGAGAUCAUGGGCAAAGACCACACCCUGGAAUUCAUCUACCGCACUCGCUGGAGACUUCAGGGUGACAGCGCUUAUCCUAUGGUUCUCGAGUACCGUCCAAGGAUCGACUUUGGUUAAACAGCACUUACAGCUUUGCGGAAAUCUCAUGCAGACUGAUGUCAAGAGAUGAACAAAAAGCAGAAAAACUGAAUGAUUGUGCCUCCGUUGAAAGACAACAACACAAAGCCCCAUGACUGACAGGACUGCUCUCCUCUUCCUGUGCACUGCUUCAGCCUCUACUCCUCCAUUCCUCCCUCCUUCAUGUUCCUGUUUGACAGUUGUGGCUCCGCCCACUGGCACUGUAUCAAGUUUGAUGAUUAUAUUCUUCCAAAGCUUUCACUGCAUGUUGUCUCUAUGACGACGCCUUAGCGUAGAGCGGCCCAUUGGGAUUAUCUGAUAGCAAUCUAGCACAGACAGUAAGCAAAAACUGCGCCCGGCCAGGUGACAGGAGUGAGGGGAAAUGGAGACAUUUUUAAGAAGAAGUCUCUCUAGAUUUUAGAUCAUUUUAUUAGGUGUUUUUAUCUAAGAUUUUGCACUAGAGGCAAAUCCAAAUGUCUCACUGUACUAUUGCUUUUCUGUGUUUUUCACUUAGACUCUCUCUCUCUCUCUCUCUUUUCUUUUAGUUACUUUUCUCUCUUGCUCUCACCGCCCACAUUGUCCCUCAUAAAUUCAGCGACUCUUUUUCAUGUCAUCAUUCUCUCUCCCUUUCAUUCGCUCACACAAACUCGCUCUCUCUUUCCAUCUUCCCUCACACUCUCUCAUUUUUCUCCAAUGGUGUUUUUGGCUCUGGUCUGAAGUAUUGAUGGAUCUCAUUCAGUUGGAAUUGAAUGAGAGCGCUGUAGAUGUCCCAAAAUAACAGCACUGAAAGGCACUCUGGGUAAGCGUUUUUCUUUCACAUCGAGCUAAGGCCAAAUCUUAUAUUCGUCCAAACCAGAUCAUUAUCUUAAUAGAAUUGAUCUAACAUUAACUGACGCCAGAUAUG